UCCCAAACAGCAAUGUCGGUUAGGCAAAGGCAAGCAAACGCGACGGCUGUCGAGUUGGACCCGACGGAGGACUUGUCUGCUCGAGUUCUUCUCAAACAUAUUAUCAGCACCGCGCCACACAGCACUCCCGUCACCCGCAGUGUCUCCAACGAGCAGAGCAGCUCAUUAAGAUGCAUCACCAGAUCGAGAACCAAAGCUGGGCGUGCACAAACGCCGCAGAACAUCUUAAGGGACAGUAUGAAGCGUAAGCUACGUGAGAGCAUAUCCAGGCGAUCUCUGCCACCUACAAGAAGGACAACUGCCUCGGCAAUGCUGAAAAAGGCAAACACGCCGGCCUCAUCCUCCUCAUUGUUGGACGAGGGAGACACGCCGAGGCACAUUCUCGAAAAUAUCCUGCAGACAGAUACAGUCAAGGCACUUGUGGUUCAUGAGGAAGCUUCGCCUGUGGCGCCGCAGCUGACUUCAGCAGACUCCAGCCUCGUCGACAAACAUCAAAGAAUUGAGAUUUCUGAGUUGGAUCUGGCCAAUCUAACGUUUGGCAAUGUAGCGAGCAUGGCAAAGGGACUGAAGAGAAAGCGACCGCGUCGCAGCCUCAACGUUACCGCCUUUGAAGAGCGGCUCAAACAAGGCCAUGAUGAUGCUGAAAAUGAAGAGGACAAAUCGGCGCAAGAUGAUCUGUCGCUUUCUUUGUCAAACGUCACUUCACUUGGGAUCGAUCGGACUGAGAAAAAAGGGCUGCGGAGAAGAGUUUCUUACCAUCAGAAAAUCACAGAAAAUGAGUUUGGUGACGCUGUAAAUAAGAUGAAUUUAGAUCAUGGAGGGAGCGGCUUUGUGCAGGGGGAGCCUGGACCCAGCGAGACCACCCAUGCUGACACCGUCACUCUGGGUCUAAGCAAGUGGGACGAAUUUGAGGUCACCAAUGAUAUUAUCCACUGCAACACCGCCCUCUACCCCCAGCCGGAUUCUGCCGCCCCCGACCUCUCCGUAAGCGCAAUGCACGACAAGUCCACUGUCAUGGCGUCGCAGCUUCAGAGGGUGCUGGAGGAGGGCGGGCAGAGACUUCUGGAUGUGACAGAGAGCCAGAAGAGGAGAACCACUGCUGAUUGUGAGGAAGAGGACAGUGAUUUCCAAAUCAAAGGAUGGAACGGAAUUGGAAGAGGUGCCUGCAGCCCCCUUGAAGAAGAGGAAGAUCCAGCCACAUCUGAAAACGAAGAGGCUGCACCCCCAACUGAAGAGGGGGAGGACGUAAAGACAUCUGAAGAAGAGGAGGAAGACGCAUUGAUAUCCAAAGAGGAGGAGGCUGCAACCCUACCCGAAGAGGAGGAAGAUGCACUAUGUGAAGAGGAGGAAGAUGCAUUGAUAUCUGAAGAAGAGGAGGCUGCAACCCCACCAGAAGAGGAGGAAGAUGCAAUAUCUGAAGAGGAAGAAGAUGCAUUGAUAUCUGAAAAAGAGGAGGCUGAAAUCCCACCUGAAGAGGAGGAAGAUGCAUUGAUAUCUGAAGAAGAGGAGGCUGCAACCCCACCUGAAGAGGAGGAAGAUGCAAUGAUAUGUGAAGAAGAGGGGGCUGACUCUAAGACUGAAGAUGGAGUUGAUUCUCAUUCCGAAGAGGACGCCGCCGCCGGGUCUCAGUCCGAGGAAAAAGACGUGGCUGAAGAUGAGAAUGAUGGACGGCAGGAGGAAGGAGAGGAGGAGGAGGAGGAGGAGGAGGAGGGAAGGAAUCACGACGUGGAAGACAUCGAGCAGCUAGCUCGGCGAUCUUUGGGUGCUCUCGUGGUGCCUGUUCCAGAGGAUGACGCCACGGAGCCUGGCGGGUCAGAGGUCGAGAACAGAACCGAGAGCGCAAGCAAUUCCGGCUUUGAAAGCGGUCCAGACAUCGAUCAGGACUUCUCAAGACCCGGGCAGGAAGAGGCUUCUGAUAUCGGGGAAGAGCCCGAUCCCCGUGACCUGAACUCUUUUCAUCUUCUGAGGGUGAGCAACGCCGAAGGACACAGCGAUCAGCCUGAAGAGGCGGCCGCCGCCGAGGUUGCGGACCCCACCGAACUUGAGGAAGAGUCGGAGGAAGACGACGACCAAGAUUCCGACGAAAUCCCCAUGAAGACUCCAGCAUUCGUUCGAGAGAAAAGGAAGACUUUUCAAGUCCCCUAUCCAAUCUCGCCCACGGUUUUCAAGCCUCAGGCUAAUAGUUCAACUGAAGCCGGACCUCCAGUCAAACCAAAGCGGGUCAGAAAGCGGAGAAGUGGAGGAGCGCAAACGAUGGACGGUGGUCUUCCUAAGAACUACCUUAUGAGCACGUUUAGGCACUUUGCCAAAGCCAAGGUCUCUGCGGAUGUUUACCCCGUCAUAAAAGAGACAAUUGAUAAAUUCCUCGAGCGGAUGGCGGACGACCUGGAGACGUUUGCUGUUCACGCCGGGAGAAAAACCAUCGAGGUUGAAGAUGUCGAACUGCUGUUGAGAAGGCAGGGUCAUGUGAAUGACAAGGUGCCUGUGGAAGUGCUGAUUGAAAAAUACCUUCGCAUGGACCAGCGCAAGCUCCUCAUCCCCGUAGCAACCAGCGGGAACGUGGUCAUCCCAAAAAUGAAGAAGAGAUGAAUUAUGAACGGAGUUUUCUCCAUGUUUGUAAUGCCUUCAGCUUGUACAUGCCAUUAGAUUCACAGCGAGAGUUCUUGUUAAAUGUAACAUUUUCCAAUAAAGUAUU